AUGUUGCAUGGGUCAGUGCAGAGGCUACAACCAAAAGGCACUACUUUCUGUGAUGGCAAUCACAACCGUCAGUUAUCCUCAGAUGGUAUAAUGAUUGGACGGACAGGAUCAUGGGCAUCAUUGACCCCAGCAGGUUUUAGUGGUUACAAAAACCAUCCCCACCACUCAAAAUCAUUUCGAGUUACAGUCACCACCUCACACCUCCCAGGUGACCUUUACAGAUCACAAUUCACACACUUCAAAGGCAACUCUCCUCUACGACGCGUUUCAAUCAUAACAAAUCCAGUCCGUUGA